GUGGAGUCUACGUCACACAUCACACGCACGAACACGCAUGAGCACACAUUAACACACACGGACACACACCAGUACCGUUUUCCGCCUCCGAUUUGGUCUGGAUCUCGUUUCCGUUCGGGGCCGGUUCGGGUCAGGGUCGGAACCAGCAUGGAGUUGUCGGACAUCUCGUUCCCAAUGGCGGCGGCCGACGACUUCUACGACGACCCCUGCUUCAACACCAGCGACAUGCACUUCUUCGAGGACCUGGACCCCCGUCUGGUCCACGUGGGGCUCCUCAAGCCCGACGACUCGUCCUCCACCUCGUCGUCCCCGUCCUCGACGUCGCCCUCGUCCCACCACCAGCACCGCCAAGCGGACGAGGACGAGCACGUCCGAGCCCCCAGCGGGCACCACCAGGCGGGCCGCUGCCUGCUGUGGGCCUGCAAGGCCUGCAAGAGGAAGACCACCAACGCGGACCGCAGGAAGGCCGCCACGCUGCGGGAGCGCCGACGACUGAGCAAGGUCAACGAUGCCUUCGAGACCCUGAAGAGGUGCACGUCGGCCAACCCCAACCAGAGGCUACCCAAGGUGGAGAUCCUCCGCAACGCCAUCAGCUACAUCGAGUCCUUGCAGGCUCUGCUCCGGGGGGGUCACGACGACGGAUACUACCCGGUCAUCGAGCACUACAGCGGGGACUCGGACGCCUCCAGCCCCCGGUCCAACUGCUCGGACGGCAUGACGGACUUCAGCGGGCCCAGCUGCCCUUCCAACAGGAGGGGAGGCGCCUUCUUUACCGACACCCCCACCGGUUCCGCGAAGGCCGAGCGACCCUCGGUGGUCUCCAGCCUGGACUGUCUGUCCAGCAUCGUGGAGCGCAUCUCCACGGACGCCGGCGGAGGCCUUGCGGCGCCCGGGUCGCCGUCAGCUGACCUCCGCGCCGGCGGGGAGGCCUCCGUCCCGGGGCCCGCACAAGUCCCGUCCCCGACCGGCCUCCAGGACCCCGACCUCAUCUACCAAGUCCUAUAGAAGGGGGGAAAAGUCCGUCGCGGUCUGGAUGGCGUGUUUUAUUUUCUUCUCGUUUGUGGCAGACAUAUUUAAGUGUAUUUAAGUCGCUGCUAAAAAUGCAAAAUGGUCGACGCACUGCAACGCUUCCUUGUUUUCAGCCAAUCACGUGUUCUUCCUGUCUAUUUGCUGUUUGGCCACGCGUGAUGACGAUUGUAGUGACGAUGAAGUGUCAGUCAUCCACGUACAUUCCUCUUCAGCAGCUUCACGUUCUCCGUGGCCACACCAAAAGCCCAAAUCUGUCAAAAAAAAAACUAUUCCUGAGGCCUCCCAUUGGACUGAUGGCCUGAACGCAGCACAGCAGAGGACCAUUUGUCUUUGUACAGAUCCAAGGUGUAAAUAAGAUGUAUUUAAUGCUUUCCUUUUCUUCAACUUUAUAUUUAUACAUGUCAAACGUAGGAGUGACACUCUAAUAAAUACUUUAUUUAUACAAAUAACAUUUACACUGCAUUCAUUCUUUUUGUGUAAUUAUAUUAUUAUAAUAUUACGAAUAUUUGGAGCAUAAACGCACGUUUGCUUGAUUCGUUUGGA